AUGAAGCAGAGAUUUUCGUCAUUAGAUGUCAAGGUCAUUGCGCACGAGCUCCAGGCGAGCUUGGUGACUCUGCGACUCGCGAACGUCUACGACCUAUCCUCCAAGAUCCUGCUCCUGAAAUUUGCCAAGCCCGAUAACAAACAGCAACUGCUAAUAGAAAAUGGAUUUCGCUGCCACUUGACCGACUUUGCCCGAACGACUGCCGCCGCUCCAUCUGCCUUUGUAGCUCGGCUUCGCAAAUAUCUCAAGACCAGACGACUGACGGCAGUUACACAAGUGGGGACCGACAGAAUCCUCGAAUUCCAGUUUAGCGAUGGCCAAUAUCGAAUGUUCUUGGAAUUCUUUGCGAGCGGAAACAUCAUUCUUACUGAUGCGGAUCUUAAGAUCCUAGCCAUUUCUCGUAAUGUUGGUGAGGGAGAGGGGCAAGAGGCGCAGCAAGUUGGGCUGCAGUAUUCUCUGGAGAAUAGACAAAACUAUGGCGGCAUUCCCCCGUUGACAAAAGAAAGGAUAAGGGAUGCUCUCAAAUCUGCUGCGGAGAAGGCUGAAGCAAACGCGGGGGCCGGUACUUUUUCUGGACACAAAGCGAAAGGUAAAUCUGGUGGCGAUUUGCGAAAGGCCUUGGCAGUAUCCAUAACAGAGCUGCCCCCUACUCUGGUCGAGAAUAUCUUACAAGCGAAUAGCUUUGAUAUCACCGCUAAACUAGCUGAUGUGCUUGAUAAUGAGUCAUUGCUGGAUGCAUUGGUCAAACAUUUAUCUGAGGCUCGUGAUAUUGUUGAGAACAUCACCGCAUCUGCCACCUGCACGGGUUAUAUCUUCGCCAAGAAAAAAACAACAUCUUCCAGCGAUUCAGUCGAAGCAAAUGAGUCUCAAAAGCGCGAAGGGCUGCUUUACGAUGACUUCCAUCCGUUUAUUCCGCACAAGUUCAAGAAGGACUCGUCGUUUGAGAUAUUAGAAUUCGAAGGCUAUAACAGAACAGUCGACGAAUUUUUCUCAUCCUUAGAAGGCCAAAAGUUGGAAUCUCGACUUACUGGAAGGGAAGAAGCUGCCAAGAAGAAGCUUGAAGAUGCUAGGCAUGAACAAAGCAAGAGAAUCCAAGGUCUACAAGAUGCCCAGGCGAUGAAUCUCCGCAAAGCAGCUGCAAUUGAAGCAAACGUAGAGCGUGUGCAAGAGGCCAUGGACGCGGUAAAUGGUCUUCUCGCUCAAGGCAUGGAUUGGAUAGACAUUGGGAAGCUCAUUGAGCGAGAGAAGAAGCGACAAAACCCCGUUGCCGAAAUUAUCAAUCUUCCUCUCAAAUUGUCUGAGAACACGAUCACUCUCCUUCUCGCAGAGGAAGAGUUUGACGAGGACGAGGACGAGGCAGAAGAAGCCAACCCGUACGAAACCGAUGAGAGCGACUCAGAGGAAGGGCAGAAUGAAGCUACUUCAACGAAGGAUAUUAAGCCUGCCAAGCUUCUCACUGUUGACAUUGUCCUCAAUGUUAGCCCUUGGAGCAACGCUAGAGAGUAUUAUGAACAGCGAAGAUCAGCUGCUAUCAAAGAAGAGAAAACCCAGCAACAGGCAACCAAGGCCUUGAAGAGUACGGAACAAAAAAUUGCCGAAGAUUUGAAAAAAGGUCUGAAGCAAGAAAAAGCCCUUCUUCAGCCCAUUCGGAGGCAAUUGUGGUUUGAAAAGUUCCUGUGGUUCAUCUCCUCUGAUGGCUACUUGGUCCUUGGAGGGAAAGACCCCCAGCAAAGCGAAAUACUCUACAGGAGAUAUCUGCGGAAAGGGGACAUUUACUGCCAUGCCGAUAUACGUGGCGCAGCAAAUAUUGUGAUUAAAAACAACCCAAACACGCCAGAUGCCCCAAUUCCCCCAGCAACUCUGUCUCAGGCAGGAUCGCUGUCAGUCUGUUCCUCGGAGGCCUGGGAUUCCAAGGCGGGCAUGGGCGCUUGGUGGGUCAAUGCAGAUCAAGUAUCCAAAUCGGCUUUGACAGGAGAAAUUAUGCCUGCUGGAAACUUCAUUAUCCAGGGGAAGAAGAAUUAUCUACCCCCUACUCAACUCCUGCUAGGUUUAGGAUUCGUAUUCAGAAUUAGUGAACAGAGUAAAGGCUCGCAUUUAAAGCACCGAGUACAAGACGAUCGCUCGUCAACAGCCGCAGAAGAGGCGACCGCUGGCGAAGAUGGGCCAGAAGACAAGGAAGAGAUUGAUGAAUCAGAUGUCUCGGACGACGAGUUUUCUGAAAACCCUUCUAGCCGUGAAAAACGAGCAAAUCCUCUACAAGGCUCUGGCAAUGAAGAUGAAGCCAUAGAUGACACGGCUGACAGGCUGUCAACAGUGAAUAUCAGCCAUCAGCCUGCAAACGAUGAAGCUGCUCCCUCAACUGUAGCUGCCACUGAGGAUGGGCAAGGAGAGGGAGAAGACGAGAUAGAUGCAGAUGAAGAGGAGCAUGGCAGCGAGGGAGACGAAGUAGCACCUUCUGAACCUGCCACCGAAAUGUCUGAGGCGCCUAGCAGAAUCUCUUCACAUUCAACAAAAGCUUCUGAGACAACCAAGAAAGGAGCCCAAAAGCGUGGACAAAAAGGAAAGGCGAAAAAGAUUGCCCAAAAAUACAAAGAUCAGGAUGAGGAGGAUCGCAUUACAGCAGAAGCCUUGAUAGGAGCUACGGCGGGCCGGCAGCGGGCUGAAGCAGAGGCAGUCGCGAAAGCCCAACGGCAGGCUGAAAUGGAAGCUAUGAAGGAGCGCCGACGAGCUCAGCAUGAGCGUAAGCAAAAGGAAGUUGCAGAACAAGAGGAGAUACGCCGCGCUAUGAUGAACGAAGGCCUCGACGUACUGGAGCCUGACGAAGCUGAAAAAGCGACAAACUUGGACACCUUGGUCGGCACGCCGCUGGCUGGAGAUGAGAUUAUCGAAGUCAUUCCCGUCUGUGCGCCUUGGAACGCUCUGGUUCGGUUCAAGUACAAGGUCAAGAUGCAGCCUGGUUCUGUGAAGAAGGGCAAAGCUGUCAAAGAGGUGCUGGACCGACUGAAGACCGAUUCUGCCAGGAAAGGUGUCAUUGACGAGGCUGCAAGAGAUAAGGAGAAGAUGUGGCCGAGAGAGAUUGAGCUCAUCAAGGCCCUUAAGCCAGAGGAGAUUGUCAAUACUAUCCCGGUCAGCAAACUAAGAGUCAUGCUGGCCGGCGCAAGCGGAGGGGAGAAAGGGUCUUCUGGCGGUGGCAAAGGCAAAGGAGGAGGUAAAAGCCAAGGCAAAGGAGGUAGAGGAGGUAAAGGCUCCAAGAAGUAG